UGAGACUGGGUUUUGAUGUACUUCACAGAAGCAGUUGGUUGGUGGGAGAGCAGUUGGAUUCCAUUUUUUCUCAUAUACUUGGCCUUUUCCCCAAACUGUUGGAUCUGGACAUAGAUUGUGUGAUUCUGAAAUUUCCCACAAGAUAAAGUGGUUGAAAUUGAUCAAAACACCAUGGCCAGCAACAUGGAAGAGGACACUCUUGAAAAGGAUUUCAAGAUCUUACUAUCCCUAGGUUGUGGUGCAUUCGGGGAGGUGAAGCUGGCCUGCCACCUGCCCACUCAGACACGAGUGGCUGUCAAGGUCCUUGAGAAAAACACCAACAGUGUGGCUGACAUCAGCACUGAAGUAAACAUCCUUCAGUCUUUAGAACACAGGAAUAUCGUUCGAUUUUUUCACAUGAUUGACACCCUGACAACCACGUACGUGAUCAUGGAGUAUGUGGCAGGAGAAGACCUGGAGAGCUGCCUCAGGGCACUGGGCUGUCUAAAGGAGGAGGAAGCCAGAGCGAUUUUCCGGCAGGUUGUAUCAGCAGUUCACUUCCUCCACCAGAGACGCAUCGCACAUCGAGACAUUAAAUUAGAAAACAUCCUAGUCGAUGCAGCAGGCAAUGCAAAGCUUUGUGACUUUGGUAUGGCGAUUGAAGUCACAGAGGGGCAGAUGUUGGAGGAGAUCUGUGGCUCCUUGCUCUAUUGGGCCCCGGAGAUCUUGGCAAGGAAACCGUACGAUGGACUGGCAGGUGAUAUGUGGAGCCUGGGCAUCGUCCUAUACACCCUGGUCACAGGGCAUUUUCCAUACGUAGAAACCACCCUGGAGGCUAUGCACAGGCUCAUCACCACCACGAUGUGUCCCAUUCCUUACCAUUUAUCAAAACCCUGCCAUAUUAUAAUUGCGAGAUUACUCAUGGUCCCCACCUGGUACAGAAUAACAAUCUGCCAGCUUGUGGAACGACCAUGGCUGGGCCCCAUUCAAGACCAUGUACCACCUGCCACUAAGGAACUCCUUCCCAGGGUCGUGGAGACUAUGUGUACUAUCGGCUAUACCUGUGAAGAAAUUGUUUCAUCCUUAAAGCACAGCCAGCCAAAUAACUUAACAGCCGCAAUGAAUAUAAUCAAAUACAAACUGAGCUGUGGAGAUAGCCAUAUGCAAAAUAAGACCUGGUUAAAUGUGACCCAUGCAGCUCCCUUUAGCCUCCCUGUCGCCUUGAAGAGAAGAGCUAGUGAACCAGCUCUUCCUGCUGGGAAGAGUCACUUUCACAAGGAGGGUUUGGAUGAAAGUGUCAGGAGGUGCAGAAGCUGUACCACACUCAAGAGAUCCUGCAGCCUGGAGGUGAUGCCGUGUUCAGGUAACACAGUCCCAGAAAAAGAUGCCUUUAUGGCUGAUGUCAUCAACUCUGCUCCAGAGAACACUGCAGUCAACAGGAAUUCAGUUGACGGUCUGCCUGGCAAUCUCUGCUACCCAGAGUCAACUCUGGAUGGAACUUUUACCGGGUUUGUGAACAUGGGCUUCACAGAGGAACCAUCCAUGGCUGAAGACAUUCCCAGUGACCAGUCCCAGGUGUCACCCACAACAUCUGGAUCCAGGUCAUUCCGAGGCUGGAAACUGGUGAGGAAACGAAUUUCCCAGGCACUGAGAGCACUGUGCUGCUGCUGCUGCCGCCGCCGUCGCCUGUCCACACCACGUGUGGAAGUUGAAAUGGCCUAACAGAAUUCCAGCCCUGGAGAGGAGUGACUGCCAAUGAAGGGGGCCAGGACAGGUCUCCAGAGUGCCAGGUCCCUCCAACCCAGGGCAACAGACUCCUGCAUCCAUCCUCCAGCUAUUGGGAAUCAGCUGCGAGUUUGCUUCUCCUUCAGCUUCUUCCAGCUCCAGCACUGCUGUUGUAGGAAGAGGUGGUCAUAGGCACAGCUUCCCAAGGACCCUCUACCUCCCUAGCUCUGGUUGUACUUGCAGGACGACUCACACUGCAUGUACACAGCUGACUCUACAACCAGGAAUGCCUUUAUACCAAUCUGGGCUGCUCUCAUCUUAACUCUAACCUCUCCAACUUAAUCUGUGACUGUCUUCUGGAAAGGACGGCGAGACCUGUGCUCCUUCAUCCAGGCUUUCCAUGUUGCCUCCCAUCGCCUGAUCCAAGAAUCUGGCAUCAUUUUCCCUUCUCACAGAGGGAUUUAUAACUUACAUUAGACCUCACAUUACCAUUGUUCUGCUCAAACGGGGGAACGUAAGUAUGUCUUGUCAGGCCUGAUUUUGAGUUCUGCCUCCUCAAGGCCAGCAGCCAGGGAACUUCUCUAUGACCAAUGCCCACCAUAGGGGCAUGUGCACAAGGAACCUUGGUCAUCAUGGAGCUCCUGAUGACAGCCAGUGGUGCAGUGUGAACACUGGUGAGUGUGGGGUCUGAACUGUUUUCCAGGACACCUUCCAGGUAGGGAUCAGCUUGCUGAGUUGCCAAGGGAACCGAACUCAAUGGGUAAUCCAGGGCCCUAUCUGUGCGCAUCAUCCCCUGAAGGUAAGACUGAGUGCAGUGAGUAUCUGUGUGUGGUAGAAGAGGAGUUCUGAAGCCUGGUCCUGAUGUCGUGAAGAAAAGGAUCCCAUGAGGUCGCCUCUGCCAGACCCCUAACACAGAGGGAAAGUUACCAUUGACUCGCUUGACAGAAGAGCAAUGGGAGGCUGAGAGACUGCGGAGGUGUGACAAGGGAGGAACCAUCUUCUCUGUUGUACUUGGCAUCUGGCUUCCAUUCUGACCAUCUGACCUUUUAGCAAACUCUGGUUCAUAUUGAAAACUUUGGCCUGAUCUUCAUCCCAGCAGGACAACAGCCAGCUUGUGUGGUCACAUACUUUCUAGAACCCUGACCAUCUGGUGAGUCCCACAUCCACAGAACAAGAAGCAGCUCGAUUAGGGGGUGAGAGAGAUUUCAGUUUGUGGGCAUCAGCUGGGGUCAGGUCUUGUUUCUGUUGCUUAUCAGUGAAGCCAGGCUUGUGAAAUGGUUGAGGGUUCUGUUGAAUUCUGGACAUGAGAUAGGGAAAUUUCCUGAAUCCACAUUUUAUAUUUUGUGUUUUGAAACUGGAUCUCACUAUAUAGUUCUGGCUGUCCUGAGGCUCUCUAUGAAGAGCACACAGAUCUCAAACUCAUAGAGAUUGACCAUGUACCCCGCCUCCAUUUGCUACAUUACAGGUGUCCAUUGCCAUGCCUGGCUUCAAGAGCUGUAUGGCGUCAAUGGUAAGUUCCUCCAAACAGCUGAUGCAGAAUCGUGCCAGUUCUGUGCUUUCUUCAUCUUGAUAGAGUCAGGACUGAACUGAAGAUACUUUCAUCCAUGAUGGACUAGAAACAGGGGGCAAAAUCCAAACCUAACCUUCAGAAUAGAAGGUUAUGUACAGCAUGAACAGACACCUGGAGGUAAGGAGUGCCAUCAGGAGUUCUUCUGUGGACACAAAAUCUCCACCUGAAGUCUUAGCACAAGUCAUAUGACUUCAUACUGACCAAUCAUCAGAAUCCAGAUCGGUUUCCUGGUGUGAUUGACUGAGUUCUUUCCAUUUGGGCCAUGAGAACAAGGCUGAGGACUUAAGGAAAGUGACCAUCUGCUGGAGGAAAAUGGGCAUCACUUUGGAAUGCUGAGACUUUGCUCCACUUUGGAAGAGCAUGAUGGUUCACACAUCGAGCAGGGAAACCGGCCCAGAGGUGUUGAGCUGCUUUCUCCACGGCAGUUGGCUGAUCUGUUGAUCAGUGAGUGACCACUGAG